AUGACCUCGGACACUGGGCCUACUGUUGCUUCUCACCGCAUCAGUGGCCAUGUAGGAGGCCGCAAGCAACCCGGCCCCUACCCACACAUCGACGACCUUCUACAGGUGACUCCCGAGGGCAACACCUCCCAACCCAUCAGCCACCUCCUGGGCCUCGCAGAAAAUGGCGUUAAGUUUGCCAAGUUCCAGGCAGACGUCGGCCGUAUAGAUGUUGCCCUCAUGGAAUAUAUCAAGGCCUACGUCGUCGCCGUCACUGUCAUCCCCACCCAUAGGGACUACACAUCACUUCAGACAGACCGCAAGAAUCUCGGCGACCGCUACAGCCGACUUACAAAGACCCUUCACGACUACGCAGACAAUUACGAGAGUAUAAAGCAGACUAUCAAAGACGACAAUGCCAGAACUGGGGUUCAAAGGGCCACGCAGACGACAACUGCCCAUAAGAACGGCAGGCCCGAGACACCGAAAUACCACCCGAGAGCUCCAGCGGUGACCACUUCACCAAGCAAAAAGACUGCCUCACCUGGAAAGAUGAAGCCGCCAGCUGUGCAGCCGAAACCGCCCAAUCUCCAUGGGAAGGCCAUACAGAAGCCAGGCUCAGCCGGAAAGGGCGAGGACCUGGCCAAGAGGUUUGCCAACUUACGAGGCCCCGUACAGGAUCCGCGCAUACGGACGCAGCCGCCACCGGUUCCAAUCCCCGCCGACAAGCCCGCAGGUCCUAGGGAGAUGCCCAAAAAACCUCCUAUAUCACUCGACGGCGUGGAGCCGGUAUUGCCAAAGCUCCCAGAUGCUAUAUACAGCCCCGCCCGAAGCAACCUCUCCAGUGAAGCUGCCGACUUGCCGUCUAGCACCCCACAUGGGUUUAGCAGGCAGAACUCGUCGCUUCACUCCGCAGCGAAAUCGCCCCCGACACAGGACUAUUUUGGACCGAAUACUUCAGCAGGGCCGACGUCAGCACCUGCGAAUGAGAAACGGCGGACUCCGCUUCCCGAAGGCGAUAUCAUCACCGUUGAAGAACUUGUGAAGUAUCAACGGAUUGGUUCUAAGGACUUCCGGAUUCUGGUCAUCGACGUUCGUUCUCGUCCUGAGUUUGAGGAGGGCCACAUCCUCUCUUCGGCCACUAUCUGCAUUGAACCGGACAUCUUGCAGAGAGACCGAAUUGAGGCAGCUGACGUCGAGGAUGCCAUGGAAAUUGGGCCGCCUAUGGAGAAAUGGCACUUUGAGAGACGUUAUGAGUUUGACAUGGUAGUUUUCUAUGACCAUGACUCGGAGCAUCUCAGUUCAGGGAGCACGAAUGCACCGGCUACCCUCUUCAGAUUGUUGACAGACUUCGAUUAUCCCGAGGGAGACCCAGGGUCGAAACACCCUAAGCUGCUAAAGGGGGGCUUGGAAGCGUGGCAGGAUGCCAUGGGCGGCAGUGCUCUUCAGAAAUCGUCCAAGGCAAAUCACAAGAAACGGCCGUCUGCAUACGACUGGCUCAAGGUCAGGUCGCCUUCGAAGCCCAUCCAGAACAUUGAGGAGGCCCGACGCUGGGAGGAGAAAUUAACACAGCUGAGGAACGAUGAGGCAGCGAACGGGAGCGGCGAUGAUUUCCAGCCUGCUUUGUUCGCCUCGGGUGGCUUUGGGGAGGAACUGAUGAGCGGAGAAUGGGCGCAGCUAUACAAGGCGCCCAUGAAAAGUGACGAGACCAUCGCGCCUCCGCAGCUGCUGACGAAAAUCCUGGGGAGCGUGUUCCACUGGAUGGGGAAUGGCAAGUUUUCUUCGAUGCAGGCCAAGGUUUUGAUGGAUUACUUGCGACAGAAAUCUUCUAGGGAUUCCCAAGGCAGGCGAGUCCCCGAGAGUCAGGUUCUGGGCACCAACAGGCAACAGGACGCUAUGGAAUUCUUCGGCUACGUGUUUGCGGAACUGGACGAUGAGACGAAUCGAUUCCGCAAUCGCCCGUCGGAAGUGCCGCAACCUGAACCUUCUAAAACCAAGUCUCUCACCGACUUGGCCAUUCAGUACUGGGACCUCCACAGCCGAGUUAGUGACUCGAUUGUAGACAAGUAUUGGCGCACCACUGAGGUUGUCAUCGUGCGGUGCGAUCACUGCGGCCACGUGGUGACGAAGUACUCAAACAAGGACAUGCAAUUUCUGAGCCUGCCUCAAAGCUCAGCACCAGUGAUGAUGGAGGACUUGCUGCAAAGAGACUAUUCAAACGAGCACCUCGAUGAUUAUACGUGCGACAACUGCUCAAGCAAGGGCCACUGCUGGAAAGGAACCAAGCUCGCCCGGCUCCCAGACUUUCUGUGCGUGUGCUUCACGCGGUUCGAGAAGAACGACGAGAGCGCGAGGCUCUCCAAGAUCACCACGACCGUGGACUUCCCCAUACGGGAGCUGGACCUGACGCCAUACACCAUCCAGGGUCAGCAGGCGUACUCGUCCCUGCUGACCAAUGGGCACCCGGGCACCCCCACCGUGAGGUCGCCGACCUCGACCAUACAGACGAACGACCACCACUUCAACAAGCCCUUCCGGUACGAAGCCUACGCCGUUGUGCAGCACGGCGGUGAGCUCAGCAGCGGCCACUACAUCAGCGUGAUCCGCGAUGAGCCGCACGGUCCGGACGGCAACAGUAGGUGGCACGUCGCCAACGACGAAUCAAUCAGCGACAUCACGGUCGGACCCGCGAGGACCGACAAGGGCAGCCAGUUCCUCUACCGACAGAGUACGCAGUAUGGCUCGCCCAUGCAGGCGUUCAUGGUCUUCUACCAGCGCAAGGACGCUGAGUUGGUAUAG